UUUAUCAUGCUACAGUUUUCAACACUAUUAUCUAUUUUAGAAUAUUUAAAAUCUUUUGAAACUAUAUUAUUAUAUUGAAAAAACGCCGAAUUUCUGUCUUCAAAAUUACUUUUGUGGGAAAUUGAUUGGUACGGUACAAUCUGCCGACAUGCAUUUGUCUUUCUUUCUGUUGCUGUUUUGUCCAGCGUUAACUUUUUCCACUGAUUAUUCGUGUUACCAAAACAUAUCCGCAAGAAGUUUAAUUUGGGAUCGUAAUUUUUACGGUGACAAAGCGUGCCCGUACAAUGGUGUACCACAGGCCUGUGUUUCUAUAGAAGCCAAAGUGAGAACGCUGCUUGGAAACGGCAACCUACUGAUCGGUGAAUGUGUCAACGCCACCAGCUGUGAAAACAUCACCUGCCAAGACUAUGAAACGAAAACACUAAGAAUCAAUCCAUUUUUUAGACUGGAUUCAUGCACCGUGACUUGCUGCUACAGCAACGGCUGCAACAACGUAACAAUUAAAGAGAUUAGCAACCCGUUCAGUGGAUUUGGUGGUCUACCACUUCUGCCUGGACCAGUAAUUCUGCCAGUGGUUAAUACAACCAUGGCAGUUCCACCACAUGACAACUCCACAACUCCAGAAGUGCCACCGCCAAUAAUUGUAACAACUCCAGAAAUGCCACCGCCAAUCAUUGUAACAACUCCUGAAAUGCCACCGCCAAUAAUUGUAACGACUGCAGAAAUGCCACCUAUACCUACAACAAACAGUGUAUCUGAACACGAACAUCACUGGCAUGCCACAGAACCGCAAGAACAGCCGGAAAUGGAGAUUAAUAUGCCUACAGUACAGUCAAUGCUUUUUGACGCAGAAGUUACUACAAGUUCCGGGAAUAGUCUUAAAGUUGCCACGGUUAGAAUUGUGAUAUUUUCAUCUGUUUGUCUUGCAAUUUUUCAAAUGGUUUUGUUUGGAUAAAAAGAAGACACAUGUAAAAGCAAUACUUCUAUAUAUAGCCAACGGUAUUUUGUAUACCAUCUGUUUAAGUUACACAUAGGCUAUCGUAGUUAUAGAUUACUUUUUGCACUGUUUAAUUACAUAGUAAGGUGGGGGAAUUUGGGACACCUUUUUUGUUUAUUUUCUCGUCCCAUUUGAUAGUAAACAAAGAACAUUCAAAAAAUUAUAAAACCGUAUCCCCACGACUCCCAUAGACCGUUGUUAUAAUUGUUUAAAACAUAUUUGGAUUUUAUGCGCCAAAGUGUCCCGUAUUUCCCCAGUUCUAUAAGUUAAAAUACCGUAUAAUAUACAGGGAGAAUCAUAUAUCCUGUAAACUUUUAAUUUCAAAAUUUCGAAACGUUUUUUUUCAAAAUUGUGUUGCAAUCCAGAAAUUAUCGAAACGAAAUUUCGUUUUCAAAAUAACAACACUCAUUUGGAAACGAAACUUUGCAACUCGAAGUGAAACUGGAAACAUUUUCCCAUUUUAAGACAGAAAUGCAUUAGUUUCCAUGCCCUACUUAUUACUCGAUUUCAAAAUUUCGAAACAUUUUUUUGUCAAAAUUGUGUUGCAAUGCGAAGAAUUUCGGAAACGAAAUUUCGUUUUCGAAAUGAAUCUAGUCACUUGCAUUAGUGUCUAUAUACCCUAUAUGCUAAUUGGUUGCUUUUACCAUCUAAUCGUAAUCCAGCAAAGUAACAUACUUGUAAACUCGUAAUUUGACAUGAAGUUUAUGAAACUGAACACCAGUGUUAUAACGACUGUCGUAUUUCGGCCACGCGAGGAUAAAUAAGUUACAUUAAUUCAUUCAUUGUAUUUUUGAAAUUAACGUUAUCUGACUUUGUAUUUUUUCCCGUAUUUAUGUUUAACUUUUUGCUUUUGACUUGCAUGCUUUUAAAUUCAGUGUUUAAACUAAGCGAAUAGGCUAUAUAGUAGGGUGGAGGCAAUUGGUCAUAUUUUUGUUUUAAUUUUUCGUUCCUUUUAGUAGUAAACAAAGAACUUCUAAAAAAUAUAAAACCUUAUCCUCGCGACUCCCAUAGACCGUUGUUAAUUGUUUAAAAUUCAAUCAGGAUAUUUGGAUAUUAUGUGUUAAAGGUGUCCCAUCUCCCCCUCCCUACUAUAUAGUCGGAACAGUUACUUUAAUAAUCAAUUAUAAAUCUUGUAUAAUAUUUUCACUGUAUAUGACUAUAUUAGCUUGUACCCUAUAGAACGUCGAUUUCUUAAAUAUUUCGUUAUGUUAUUAAUUAUUUGGAAAGCGGAAACGCACGUCUAUCAUGAUAUAGCUUCACUUUUCUGAUAAGUGUAUCUGGAAAUACCAGGUCGUGAACAUAAUUCAUUGUAAUAAUUCAAGUCGCUUUUUUGACACACACGUCAUGGAAAAUUACUGGAAAAUAUUACAUCAUGAAUUUAACUGUAAAUGUAAAGACAUGAUAUUUAAGCGUGUACUGCAUGGAGCGUAUACGUGGUAACUAUAAAGGAGAGUGUGUUUGCGUGAUAUAUUUACUUUAUUUUAAAUUUUAAACUGAAAUGUGUACAAUCGUGUGCCCCUAAUGUAGCAGGGUAGGGGAAGAUGGGACACCUUUGGUACAUAAAAUCUAAAUAUUUUAAUCGUGUUUUAAACAAUUAACAACAUCCCAUAUGUUAACAUUUCUGUCAGUAAAAUAAACUGCAUAGGCA